AUGACGACAAAGAGGCACCUCGGAUGGCAGUUGUUUCUGACAAUCACAGUACUACCUUGCAGCAGAAGUUUGGAGGUUUCUAUUCCAGAGAGACAAUAUGAGGUAGCAAGAGGAGGUGAAAUCACUUUGACCUGUUCCUUUAUCCCGGCCAGACCAAUCGCCAACGCACUUGUCAUUACAUGGGAAGCUUACCCUGAGAAAGUCGGUGAUCCAAUGGACUCAGUGGCCACUUACUUUCUAAACAAUCCGAUUGACAUUGCACCUGAUUAUGAAGGCAGAGCCUCCAUGAGGGUCGACAUUGAAAAUCAAGUGAGUGAACUCACCUUAACCAAGGUGACCAUGCAGGACAACCGCAGCUACCAGUGCAGUGUCAUGAUCCCCAAUGAUGACGAGGGAACAACAGCUGCCACCACCUCCCUUUUGGUCCUGGUGCCUCCCUCAGCGCCGAUCUGCAGGAUUCAAGGAGAAGCAGCGUACUUCCACAACAUCACCCUCACCUGUUUUUCUGAGGAGGGAUCCCCGAAACCCGUCUAUGAAUGGAUGGGUUACAGCAUCGAAAACAUUCCCAGACGGUUUCCACCAACGGCAUCUGAAAAGGAUGGAGUUCUGUCUCUCUUCAAUAUUUCAAGAGACUCAUCUGGAUAUUACAUCUGCACAUCAACAAAUCGAAUUGGCUCUGCCAGCUGCAACUUUACCUUAGCUGUGACACCGGGCGGUAUGAACAUUGGGUCGACUGCAGCUAUAAUCGGAGGAGUCCUCGCAGGUGUUGCAAUGUUCGUGAUUGUCAUCUGCUGUUGCUGCAGGAAAAAGGGAAAAAAGGACAAGUAUGCUGAAGGCUCCCCUGGGGAUGCAGCAUUUUACGACAGAGAUACUCCUGAAGCUGGAGAGCAGUACUGGGACGACAAGUCAAACAGCAAGACAAAGCAGGUCACCCAGUAUGAAGACAAAGCUGUUCCCCCAAAUGAUUACAGUGAAGAACCAGCCACUCACAAGUUUGAGGACGAGCAAAACAGUUACUAUAGCAGUAAAGAAAAGCAUGAUGGCAAGGGGAGUGAUGUUGACUCUCAGCGUUACCAGGAUGACCAGCAUGAUAGGCGCCGUGGAAGUCGUGAUCGCCUUGAAGAUGACCGUGAUCGUUAUGGUGGCAGUCGUGAUCGCCUCGAUGAUAAACGCAAUCGUUAUGGAGGGAGUCGGGAUCGACUUGAUGAUCAACGCGAUCGUUAUGGAGGCAGUCGGGAUCGCCUGGAUGAUCAGCGUGAUCGUUACCGUGGUAGCCAGGAUCGCCUUGAUGAUCAGCGCGACCGCUACGGAGGCAGUCGGGAUCGCCUUGAUGAUCAGCGCGACCGCUAUGGAGGCAGUCGGGAUCACCUUGAUUACCGCCGUGAUCGUUAUGGAGGCAGCCGUGAACACCUCGAUUACAUUGAUGAUCAAAGCAGAAACCAAUAUUAACAACUAUGUGUUACUGAAAGUUUUAAUUCCCUAAAUAUCUUUUUUGUUCUUUUGUUCCGGCACUAUUUUAUUGCAGCACCUGGACAUCUCAAAAAGAGGCACAACAAAAUUAAUUAGCGCAUCCUCUCAAUGAACGCAAAUUCUUACCCAAAAGUCAAUGUUCAAGUAAUUCAGCCCAGUGAACUAAAGAAAAAUGAUGGCAUUAUACAUUUUUACUAACCACAGAUACAUUACAUUUUCACCUUGUACCAGUUUUUCUAAAGUGACGCAGUACAUGACUUUUGUCAUUGAGAGUCGAAGGUGGUGGUGCAUGGCAUGUCAUCUCGGCAAGAUGGCUGCCAAGCUGCAGACCGCUGUUUGAAACCAACGAUACAGGUUGUUUGUUUGGGACCCUUUGUGGCAUUUGUAGCACAAACCCUGGGUGUUUUAUUACACUUUACAGCAGUUCCCAGCGUUUUUUUUUCUUUUGUUUCUGGCAGUUGGUUUGAAUAAUACCCUAAGCACAGAGAACAGGGUAAAUUACAAAUAAUGGCUUGUCUCUAAUAUAAGAUUGAUUUUUCAUUAUGGUAUAAUUAUUGCUGGUCUGACUGGGCCAAAUAUGCUUCAAACAAACCAAAGUAAUCUGGUAACUUCUAACCCUGCCACGCCUUGAGUUGAAUUAAGGAACAUUGUAGGCUACUUAGUAUAGUAAAAAAAAAAGUUGCCUGACAUAAUGUCUUGAUACAGUAUACCCCAUGAGUGAGUCAUAAAACCCUGCAAUAGGUUAGCAUUUUACCACCUCCACUUCCCUCAUCUCAAAGUCAAUGGAGUCAUAGUCAAUGCUAUGACGACGGCAGCACAUGUAGAUGCAGAAUAUAUUUUUCUACUUCUUCAACUCCAUGGCCCCUUCUGCGAAAGCAUUACUUUUCUACGAUUGAGAAGUACUCAUCAACAUCGGGAAAAGUUGUGUGGAGUUUGGACUGAAUGCAGUGAACCAUGAGAGGAUCCCCACUAACUGCAUAUGCCGAGUGGCCAGUCAGACCAGAGGGGAGAAACGAAGGGGA